AUGAAAGAGGUUGGCGCUACCGUUACAGCAACCGAGUCGUUAGCAUCUCCAGCCAUGGAUCCAAUGUUAAACUCAUCAGGCCAUCGGCAAGAGCUUGAUCGCAACUUUAGCCUCAUCAGUAUGUGCGCUAUUGGCGUCACGGCGGGAAACACUUGGAUUGCCAUGGGCGGGAGUGUUACAACGGCUAUAUACAACGGUGGCCCUCCAGGAGUUAUCUACGAGUAUAUUGUUGUCUCCUUCUUCUACUGGUUCAUCUCGGCUUCCAUUGCUGAGUUGGCUUCUGCUAUUCCGUCUGCUGCUGGUGUAUAUCACUGGGCCACUGCCACUGCAGGCCGUUAUGGCCGCCCUGUUGGUUGGUUUGCGGGAUACUGGAAUGCCCUAGCGUGGCUCUUUGGCGCGGCGUCGAUAUCGUCUAUCCUGGGAAACCAGGUAGUAUCGAUGUACCUGGUAUUCCAUCCAGCACACCAAACCAAGGCGUGGCAGGUGUUCAUCUGCUACCUGCUUUGUACCUGGAUGUGCUGUUUCACAGUGCUUUUUGCCAACAGGGCUUUGCCACUAAUUUCAAAUAUUGGCAUGUUCCUUAUCCUCGCAGGCGUAUUCGUUACUAUCGUAGUAUGCGCCGUUAUGCCGCACUUUAACGGUCUAGGAUACGCCUCGAGCGAAUUUGUCUGGAAGAACUGGUCUAAUACCACCGGAUAUAAGAGCGACGGCCUCGUAUUCUUGCUCGGAAUGCUCAAUGGCGCAUACAGCGUCGGAACGAGUGAUUUGACCUCACAUAUGGCCGAGGAGAUACCAAACCCAAGCAAGAAUAUUCCGCGGGCAAUCCUGGCGCAGACCGUCACCGGCUUCAUCACUGCAGUUCCAUACAUGAUUACCCUUUUCUACUCCAUCAAUGAUCUAGAUGCUGUACUAGCCACCUUCACCACCUUUCCCUUGGCAACCAUCUACCACCAGGCUACCGGAACCAAGGCUGGAGCGCUAGGGCUGCUCAUUAUCACCUUCCUUCCUACAUUCAUCACCUGUGUAGGCUGCUACAUCACCGCUGGCCGUGUCCUCUGGACUCUCGCCCGCGACAACGCUACCCCUUUCUCCAGCUUCCUCGGCCAGGUGCACCCUGUGUACCACAAUCCAUUCAAUGCCACUGGUGUCUGCGUUAUCAUAGUCACGAUACUUGGUAUCAUCUAUGUCGGCUCGACCACCGCUUUUAACGCCUUCGUGGGAUGCUACGUACAGCUGUCCACCCUCUCGUAUCUGGCAGCCAUCCUGCCUCAUCUCCUGAGAGGCCGCAAGGGCAUCACCCCAGGCCCCUUCUUCAUGAAAGGCUGGGUUGGCUAUGUGGUGAACACGAUCAGCUGCUUGUACAUUGUUAUCUUCGUUGUCAUCUUCUGUUUCCCCUUCAACAUGCCCGUGGCUGCCAGUUCGAUGAACUACGCCUCCUUGAUGACCGGAGCUCUGACGAUGUUUGUGAUCGGGUGGUACCUCUUCCGCCGGAAGAAUUACGCCGGGCCAAACGUGAUCUCCAUCCAUGAAGUCAAGCUGGAUCGAGCAGAAUAA